GGGAUCCACCUCAGGCCUCUGCUUGGCUUGGCCAAUGUUUUCUCUACUUGCUAAUAAUGAUCUUUGAGAAGACAGCAGUCGGUCUUGUCUUACUUAUUCCUGGUUGGACCAAGUUUCAGGAAAUUCUUCUGGAUUACAUUCCUUCUCCUCAGCUGGAGCUGGUCUUGGUGAUGCUGGUGGUUCCUUUUAUAGUCAAUGCUGUCAUGUUCUGGGUUGUCGACAGCUUGACGAUGAAGAAACACAAGAAGAAGGAAAAGCUGGAAGUCAGUGUGGCGGAAUAUCCUGAAGCCCUGAAAGAUGACGAUAUCCAGGUACUUCUUUGCCCCACUUUGGAUUUUGACAGUUCCAGAAGUGACGUAGAUCUCUUAGCGUCUUCUCCUCAAAGCCGGAGCCCCAGCUUAAAACUCUGA